AUGUUUGUUCUCUAUGUCGUGUUGGCGAGCUUCAUCAGCAUCGCCUUCUGCGCUCAAAGUGUCUAUUUGAUUCAAGUACCUUUUCAUGGCACAGAAUUUGUAGGAACUGAUGGCGAAACCUAUACUCGCACAUACGUUGGCAUCUCGGUCGAGGCAACAGACACCUUACCAGGCUAUACCUUCGACUUCGUGGACAUCGAUGUCGCGGCACCAGGCGAAUAUGCUAACUGGGAACUGGAUCGGACCAAGACGAAAGCUCGAGCAAGGCGAUUUCCCGCCGGAGCGGACGGUAUCAAUCAACAAAGAAGCUUAGUCUUAGGUCCUACAGGAAAUGCUAUAGUUUCGUACGUAGGCCGUACAGAGCUUAAGGGAGAACCAGAUAUGGUCAGAUUUGCCAGUACUGGUAGUGGGACAAUAUCCGGUGCUUUCUCGGAGGCUAUAAUGCAAAAUCCUCGUAUGUCAUGGCCUAUUAGUGCACUCGAAGACCUCAAUGAUGAGCAUUCAAUGUUGCAGCGUUUUCUGAAAACGCUCAUCCCGAACCCGAGCCCGACGGACAUACCUUUCUUGGAUGUGCGGACGAGCGCUUUGACUUAUUUUCAGAAAGCUACACAAAGAAUACAGGCAGCACAGACUUGGAAGGCAAAGAAUGCGCGUACCUACGGUCGCAAGGUGGUUUUGAUGGCGAUCUCCAAAGGCCAGGCAGACGCUACGUUGUACAAGAUUACGGGGGCUUUUAGAAAAGAAGAGCGAGCUCGAUGGGAGGCGUCGUUAGAUAUACGUCGUUCGCCGGCGACUUAUGGAGGCACCUCCUUUGAAGAUCCCCCAGGCAUGGGCGAUCCACCUCCCCCGUACCCCGAUCCAAGACUGAAUCGCCAGAAUUACGACCGCCCUCGGGAUAUCGACAGCGCCUACGUUUGCCGAGGGCCGGGGGGAGGUCGACCUCAGCAACGCAGACGAGAUGGACGCCUGCUGAAACGCGAUGUGUGUUCAUUUCCUGGCGAUGGUACUCAGCGAGGCACAAUAAAUGGCGAUAUCGUCACACGAGCGAAACUCGAUGGCAAAACAGUAUCUGAAGUCCAGACUCUAAAGGUGUCGGCAAGAGCGGCUGGUAUUGGUGCCACCGGCGCUGCGGUCGUGGCAGCUAUCUCGUUUGUGGUGGUAGACAUCCUCGAUGGCAAUUGGGUUGGUGCAGCACUAGGAAUCGUCGGCUUAGCGGCACUGGGAGCUGUCGCUAUCACCGAGCUACUCGCCCAAACAUUUCCUCCCCUCGGCUUUUUCGUUGACAUUGCCAUCAGUGCCCUCAUGAUCGCACUCCCCGGUGUGUUCGGAGAGAAGAAGGUAGCGCCGAAGCUGACCGAUCCCGUGGGCAUCAUUCGUCUGAUGUUCUUUGGCGAUGAAGAUAUCACCGGCAAUGAAGGCUGCCAGAAAGUGACCGAUGACAAUCCGAACCCAGACCCAAAUUGCGUGGCAACAUAUGGUAAAGGCGUCAUUGAGAAAAUCUUCGAUUGGCUACACAGCCAAGCUGCCUUUUUCAUGAUCGCAUGCAAUGGUGGAUUCCCAAUGACAAUCGAAAUCAUCGCAGGCUGCUUCACAGUCAUAGACAGCGUCGCCGACAAAAGCCCCACUGCCAUCCCCGGCACCACCAUAACCUGCAACACCGACAACGAGGACGGUGACUCCAUAACCUGGAGCCUUAAGGGCGACACCACCUGUAAAGGCGUCAGCAAAUUUGAUAUCGACCUCACCCAAAUCACAGUCCCCUACCUCGACACCGACGCCAACGGCACCCUCAUCGCUAGCACCAAACUCGCGAGUGACUUGACCUCGCUAAUCGCCACCCCGGGCGGCCAAGGAGGCCCCUGCAACAUCUUCUCCGACGUGUCGGGCGGCUACUUCAUUGAAUCCCUCAACCGCACCCUCGUUGGAAAACCCGUCUCCGUCGCUUGCGGCCCCGACACCGGCGCCGUCGGCCAAAGAAUCGAUAUCGCGCAACCCACCCCUGCUAACCAACUGUUCUCCACCCUAUCGAGCGGUCUCCCCACCGACGCCAACGCAGGGACAGGCUCCACAAGCGGCGACACAGUAGAGCUGGGCCCAACGCCCCAAGCCCCCGCCCCCUUGACAGGCUACGACGAGACGAACGGUAUCUGCUUCUCCAACUCUCGCUCCACCGCCUGUCUGCCAAACGGGACGUACGACUUCCACGCCGACCUGUACGUCACACCCCCGCGCGACCCGGAAAAUGACCCUUUCACGAUGGACUCGGCGGAGAAAGUAUACGGGCCCCCGGGCGCCAAAUUGGGGAUACAGUUCUACCACCAAGAGAUCGCGCUGCCGGUAAACUCGAAAGAUGAUCUCCACAAGGCGCUGCUGACCGAUAUCGGCGGGGGCAGUCUCGCGCCUAUCGAUCUCGUCCUCCCCAACCCUGUGGUCGCUGCUGCUCCAGGCGCUUGUUUCUGGACGAAGACUAAAUACAGCGGGACAGUGGCGUGCGCGAAGGUCCCUGGAGCCGGGGACUUACCCGUCCCAAUACAAAAAAAAGUCAAUAGUGUCAGCCUCGUAGGAAAUGCCAACGUUCAGCUAUUCGCGGGGGCGUAUGCGGGGGUGGGCGGUGAGAAUGGGACUAUACCGCACGUGUGGCGGCAGUAUGACGUCGAGGAUACGAGUAGUAUUCCUGUCGGUGCAGAUAAGGAUAGUUAUGCGGCGGAGAUUGUGAGUGUAAGUAUUUUUGCGGGGGAGAAGACGGAUGGGCCUAGUGCAUGA